GAGAAGUGUCGUGUGUGUAACAAGUGCUUUUCUGCAAUAUAGUGACCCAGUUGUAAUGAAGCAUGUUGCUAUGAAACUGACGUCAGCUUUCCCAUCAGCCCCUGCUGUCUGUUUGAGAAAUGCCCCCCCAUGAACACACACAAAUGCACAACACUAAUAAAUGUGGUUUCUCUGUGUAAACACACAUCCAUGCUGGGCAGAUUGAACUCUUAAUGAGCGUGUAUGUAGAAGCUGCAGUGUGUGCGCGCGCGCGCGUGUGUGUGUGUGACGCAUGCUCCGCUGAGCUCCCCUCCCCCUCCUCUCAUCUGCGCUGCAGCCGCGUCGAAACACAGACAAACACGAGAAAGAAACGAGCUCCAGACGAGACAAAGAUGAGACAAACGGGAGGCCAGACGCCACUGUAAAGCAUGACAGAUUCAUCAGAGAGACUGACAGACAGCUAGAGGGAUGUGGCCCUCACACACAUCUCUGCAGUGAGACGGCUCAGCCUGCACUGAAGAUCAUGCUGGAUAAGAGUGAAGUGUCCACACUGGGUCUGCCACCCUCUGUGAGCCACGGAGGUUCAGAUGGGAACAUCAGCGUGGAGGUGGGGUCAGACGGGGUGGCCGGCGAGGUCCAGAGGACACGAGCGGCGCUGGAACACCUGCAGCAGAAGAUCCUAAAGAUCACCGAGCAGAUCCGUGUGGAACAGGAGGCGCGGGAUGAUAAUGUGGCCGAGUAUCUCAAACUGGCCAACAACGCCGACAAACAGCAGGCGUCGCGCAUCAAACAAGUGUUCGAGAAGAAGAACCAGAAAUCUGCGCAGACCAUCGCACACCUGCACAAGAAACUUGAGCACUACCACAAGAAACUCAAAGAAAUCGAGCAGAACGGCCCAGCGCGACAGCCCAAAGACGUGUUGCGGGACAUGCAGCAGGGACUGAAGGACGUAGGUGCUAACGUGCGAGCGGGUAUCAGUGGUUUUGGAGGGGGCGUGGUGGAGGGUGUAAAGGGCGGAGUGUCCGCGCUCACCCACACCGCCGUUGUCUCGAAACCGCGAGAAUUUAUCCGCAACAAGUUCGGCAGCGCCGACAACAUCGCCCACAUGAAGGACACUCUGGAGGACGACCACACAGAGGAAACCCCCAGAGCUCUGAGCGGCAGCGCCACGCUCGUCUCCAGCCCCAAAUACGGCAGCGACGACGAAUGCUCCAGUGCCACCUCUGGCUCAGCGGGUGGCAGCAAUUCAGGCGGAGCGGGCGGGGCCAUGUCAGGGAUGGGAGCUGCCAUGGGCAGCCCGCGACUGGACGGACAUCAUCACCACCAUCAUCACCACCACUCGUCGUCUUCCUCCUGGGAUGCUCUUCUGGACGGCCUGCAGGAGAUCAAAGCCGGUCAGGUUCACAUGGAGGAUGCCAUCGAGGACAUGAAGGCGCAGCUGCAGAGCGACUACACCUACAUGACCCAGUGCUUACAGGAGGAGAGAUACAGGUACGAGCGUCUGGAGGAGCAACUGAACGAUCUGACGGAACUUCAUCAAAAUGAAAUGAGCAACCUGAAGCAGGAACUGGCCAGCAUGGAGGAGAAGGUUGCGUACCAGUCGUACGAGAGAGCACGGGACAUACAGGAGGCAGUAGAGUCCUGUCUCACCCGCAUUACCAAACUGGAGUUACAGCAGCAGCAGCAGCAGGUGGUUCAGUUGGAGGGUGUGGAGAAUGCGAACGCUCGAGCUCUACUGGGGAAACUCAUCAACGUCAUUCUGGCCCUGAUGGCCGUGCUCCUGGUGUUCGUCUCCACCAUUGCCAACUUCAUCACCCCGCUCAUGAAAACCCGCACCCGCGUCGGUGCCACCCUCGCCCUGGCGCUCUUCCUGGUCACGCUGUGGAAACACUGGGAUUGGCUGGAGGUUCUUCUGCUCCCCAGCUGAGAGAACCGAUCAAAACAUUCACAUAGAACUCUAGACACUUAUUGACGCAUCCCUGCCGUUGUGAUGGAAGCGAGAGAUUUAAGGGUGUAGAAAACAGACGCAAACAUCCAUUGAUUCAUUUGAAGAGACGUGAAGAUGGCGCUGUUAGAAUCACAGGUCUGGGCUACACCACUCUUCAUUUUUUCUGUCUUUCUUCUGACCGAAGACCUCUUUCCUUUUUUAUAGAACUUUGAGCUCAUUUGUUGCUUAAACUAAUGAAUGUUAAACUGGUUCCUGGAGGAGAAAGCAGACAUGAGAUGAGAGGAAGAUGAUGCAUGACAGUCCCAUCUCAGAUCCAAAAACGUCAAGCGUCUCAGAAGACUCUGUGGAACUCAAUGUCUGUUAUAUUUGAUCUUUUGUGAGGUUUCGUUUCACAGGAUGAAUCAUUUCUUUUUGUGUGCUGUCUACGGUCGUAAUGUCAUGUAGGAAGCCUAUUGAUUUUAGGAACUGAUUUUGUCUGUACUGUAGGGAAUUUAUUGGUGGUGAAACAUAAGAGGACCAAAAAUGAAAGUCGUUUCAUAGGUGAAGUUAAUAUAUUCUGCUGAAAGAUUCCAAAGACAACAUUGUUUUUCUUUGGAAUACCGCUGAAUCGUGCACAAUAAGACCAGGAAUGUGUAUAAAACAAGUGAACAUACGGUCAGUUUUCAUUCCGUGUAGACUUUCAAUGAUAUUUUACAAAGUCUGUAGUCAAUGACAUCUGUCAUCGGAACAUUUUUGUAAACAUAGUUUAAAGGUUCUCACGCUCAAUCACUAACAGCAUGAUCAGAUUUCUCAUGUUUCUACCCGUUUACUAAAACAAAUCACAACACUACUGUAUUCUUAUUAAACACAUUUGAGAAUAGAUCCAGA